AAGAAGAUUAUUAGUCAGGAGAUGCUGACAACCAACAUUUCUUUGCUUCUCUCUAAAGAUAUUCCUACAAAACAACCUUCUUUCCUUCUGUUACACAUUUUCUUUCUUCUCUUUUAGAUUGAAUGUUCUAAAGCACAUUUUCCACCACCCUCCCAUGCAAUACCUAUAUAUAUAUAGUUCCUUCAACUUCUUGUUGUCAUGCAUCCUCUCUAUCACAAUCAACAGAAGCCAGAAAGUGCAUUACCAUGACUAUUUGUCACAGAACUGUCAUCUUUAUAGGGAUUCUUACUUUGAUAUCGACUCAGAUUACAAGUGGUUCGGUUGUUUCAACAGGAGACUUCAAUAAGGAUUUUUUUGUGACAUGGUCUCCAAGUCAUGUAAAUACUUCAGCUGAUGGCAAGACAAGGAGUUUGAAGCUCGACCAAGAAUCCGGUGCUGGUUUUGCUUCGAACCAGAUGUUCUUGUUUGGACAGAUUGACAUGCAAAUAAAGCUAGUACCAGGUCGUUCAGCAGGCACAGUCGUAGCUUAUUAUCUGACAUCUGAUCAACCUAAGCGUGAUGAAGUAGACUUUGAGUUCCUUGGCAAUGUGGAAGGCAAACCAUAUAUCAUCCAAACAAACAUAUUUGCCGAUGGAUUCGACAACCGUGAAGAGAGGAUCAACCUCUGGUUUGAUCCAACAAAGGACUUCCAUACCUAUUCCAUAUUAUGGAACCUUCAUCAAAUUGUGUUUAUGGUGGAUUGGGUUCCCAUCAGAGUAUACAGAAACCAUGCGGACAAGGGUGUGGCAUAUCCAAGGUGGCAGCCAAUGAGCAUCAAAACCAGCCUAUGGAACGGCGACACCUGGGCUACAGGAGGUGGCCGUGAUAAAAUAGACUGGUCAAAAGGCCCCUUCAUAGCUUCAUUCAGAAACCACAAGAUUGAUGCAUGUAUUUGGGAAGGAAAUGCUAGGUUUUGCAGGGCAGAGAGUCCUACAAAUUGGUGGCACCAGAAAAAAUACAGCACUUUAACAAGUGCACAGAGAAGAUUGUUCAAAUGGGUUAGGAAGUACCACAUGAUUUAUGACUAUUGCCAAGACAAGGAAAGGUUCCAAGGAAAUCUUCCAAAGGAGUGUUUACUACCAAAGUAUUGAUCAUAGAAAUAGAUGAUCCUACACACUAUCUAUAUAUUCUUUUUUUCUUUUUUUACCCGUUACUUUAUUUUUCUUUUAUGAGCUACUUAUUCCCUAGUGAUUAUAUAGAGGCUAUAUAGUAAACAGAGGCAGCACUUUAAAAGCU